GGCUGUGGUUUCCCCUCUCAGGAGCCGUCAUGAAAAGGCUGAUUGUGGCACUGGCUCUGAUUGCUACAGCUGGGGCAGAGGAGCAGGAUAAGGUGGUACAUGGCGGGCCCUGCGAUAAUCCUCAUCCCUACCAAGCUGCCCUCUACACCUCGGGCCACUUGCUGUGCGGCGGGGUCCUCAUCCACCCACUGUGGGUCCUCACAGCUGCCCACUGCAAAAAACCGAAUCUUCAAGUCUACCUGGGAAAGCACAACCUUCGGCAAAGGGAGAGUUCCCAGGAGCAGAGCUCUGUUGUCCGGGCCAUAAUCCACCCUGGCUAUGAUGCUGCCACCCAUGACGAGGACAUCAUGCUGUUGCGCCUGGCACAUCGGGCCAAACUCUCUGAACACAUCCAGCCCCUUCUCCUGGAGAGGGACUGCUCUGCCAACCACACCAGCUGCCACAUCCUGGGCUGGGGCAAGACAGCGGAUGGUGACUACCCUGACACCAUUCAGUGUGCAUACAUCCACCUGGUGCCCCGUGAUGAGUGUGAGCGUGCCUACCCCGGGCAGAUCACCCAAAACAUGGUGUGUGCUGGAGAUGAGAAGUAUGGAAAGGAUUCCUGCCAGGGUGAUUCCGGGGGUCCACUGGUAUGUGGAGACCGCCUCCGAGGCAUUGUAUCAUGGGGUAAUGUCCCCUGUGGUUCAAAGGAGAAGCCGGGAGUCUACACCAAUGUCUGUAGAUACAACAAUUGGAUCAGAAAAACCAUUCAGGCCAACUGACCCAGACAUGUGACA